AUGGCGGAGAAGACAAACUCAAUGCCUACCGAGCAACUGACCAUGGUGACAACCUUGGACGACCAAGAGAAUCAUGUCGAGAAGGUCACUACAGUGGAUACUCUCCACGCCGACGAGGCUACAGUAGUGCUCGCCCGCCACACCACCGAGUCAACAUGGACCGAAAGUGAGGAGAAAAACCUUGUCCGGAAAAUUGAUCGACGACUGCUCGGCAUCAUGUUCGCAACCUACGGCUUGCAGUAUUAUGACAAGGCGAUGUUAUCACAGGCUGCGCUCUUUGGCUUGCGAAAGGAGCUGGUCCUUACUGGAGAUCGGUAUUCCUUCUCUGCAUCCAUCUUUUACCUAGGCUACAUUGCCGGUGCCCUGCCAGCGAUGCUUUUAGCGCAACAUUUCCCAGUUGAGAGAUUCACUGCGGGCAUCAUUGCCGUCUGGUGUAGCGACUUUCGCGGUCUCUACGCACAACGGUUCUUCCUAGGUUUCCUCGAAGCCGGAGUCUCGCCAAUCUUGAUGAUUAUCGUCUCAAGUUUCUACAAGAAGAACGAACAGCCGUUACGCAUGGGCUCUUGGUGGGCUGCUGCGGGUUUCGUCUCCAUCUUCGCUCCGUUGAUCAACUAUGGCUUGGGCCACAUUCACGGUGCACUAUCCACGUGGAAGUACAUGUACACUUUUGCUGGCUCGGUGACAAUACUGUGGGCUAUCGUUAUCAUGGCCUUCCUCCCUCCCAACCCUGUCCACGCCCGCGGCUUCUCUGAGAGGGAGAGGUAUAUCGCGGUGGCUCGACUGCGAACGAACAAUACUGGCGUUCGCAACACUCACUUCAAACCUGCACAGGCACUGGAAUUGGUAUACGACGCGCGUUUCUGGCUCGCUGUUGCAACGGCGUUCUGCAUCAUGGUCACAAACGGUCCUCUGUCCACCUUUGUUCCCAUCAUUGUAUCCGGCUUCGGCUAUUCGCCCCUGAACAGCUUGCUCCUAUCUAUGCCUUGCGGAGCAGUCGCUGGCGUCGAGACACUACUUGUGACUUGGAUCGCCUCGAAAUUGAGUCACCGCAAUUGGAACACCUGGAUCAUCGCAGCAUGCCAGGUGCCCUCGAUCGUCGCAGCUGUCCUACCCUGGCAGCUACCUGCUGAUGCGCAGGGUGCUCGGCUGUUUGCACUCUACCUGCUGGGCGGGUUUGCUUCUCCCUACGGAGUUCUCAUGGCACUUCACACCGCCAAUUAUGCCGGAUAUACAAAGAAAUCAGUCACCGCCUCGGGCCUGUUCAUGGGAUACUGUCUCGGCAACUCCACCGGACCGCUUCUGUUCAAACCAACGGAUGCGCCGACUUUCGAGAAAGGCUUCCAGGCGGUGCUCAUAACAACGAUCUUAGGGCUAGCGCUCGCGGUUGCAUAUCGCUUCGUAUGUGUGCUGGACAACAAGCGUCGGGAUCGUGCAGGCACCGCCGAAGCAUUCGAUCACGCUUUUGAUGACGAUCUCACCGAUAUGAAGGUGCGUACUUACAUCCACCUGCUCGGUCCCAAGGACUUGUGCAAUUUGAGAUUGUGGCUGACUGUGAAUGAAGAAUCCCCAAUUCCGCUAUACAAUUUGAGAAAAGGCGAGGCAUCGAACUGCUUUCCAGGUUUGUAG